CCCAUUAAGUGCUGGGACAGAAAUGCGCUGACUAUUUCUCUGCUGUUAAAGCACAGGUUGCCGAGGGUCAAUCAGAUUAGUAAAAUGGAUUGUGACGUCAGGGUUCAGGAAGCGUCGCGUUGACUUCAUGCAAAGCAGACGAGCGCUUUCCCCGGACGCGAAAGGACCGAGCCGCUCUCCUCCCGCGGACAGACGCCAGCAUGAGUCCACCGACACCAACCUGAAGGACAAACACAGCAGAAUGGCCGCGUAUCUGGAGAUAGCUGAUGACAGCAAAGGGCACGAACUGAGUCUUUUCUGUGUGCCGAAACACUACGAGGAGGAUUUGGACAGUGUCAUAAUACCCAAUGGCCUCAUUAAGGACAGGACUGAAAGGUUGGCCAGAGAUAUCGUUCGGGACAUGGGCGGGCAUCAUAUCGUGGCCCUUUGCGUUCUGAAAGGAGGGUACAAGUUCUUUGCGGACCUGAUGGAUUACAUCAAGACGUUGAAUCAAAACAGCGAUAAGUCUGUGCCACUGACUGUGGAUUUCAUCAGGCUAAAGAGCUACUCGAAUGAUCAGUCUACAAACUGUGUGAAGGUUAUCGGUGGAGAUGAAUUAUCUGCCCUUACUGACAAGAAUGUGCUCAUAGUAGAGGAUAUUGUAGAGACGGGAAAAACGAUGGAAACGCUGCUCAAACUAUUAAACGAAUGUCAUCCUAAAAUGGUGAAAGUUGUCAGUUUGCUUGUGAAAAGGACGCCCAGGAGCUCAGGAUACCGUCCAGACUGUGAGUUCCUUUGUGUUUCAUUGGAUAUUAUGAACAUUUUGUGCCUAAUCCACAUCACUUAGAGAAAUCAAACACCCUGCAUUGAUGUAGUUGGACAUAUUAUUCAGACUCACGCUCAUCUGUCUGUGUUCAGAGUAGUUAUGCAAUGCUUUUAGACAGAAAGCUGAUAAGCUCUUUAUAUCCAUCCAUCCCUCCAUCUAUCCUCUACUCGUUCGCUCUUGACUUCCACUCUAAAGCAGAGCGCUGUAGUGCUUAGAGUCAGUUAUCAAGACGAUGG